AUGGACAACUUCACCUUGGGGACCACAUUCUUCCUCAUGGGGUUUUCUGAUCGUCGGGAGAUCCAGAUUUUACAUGCUGUACUGUUUUUGAUAAUUUACCUGGCAGCACUACUGGGGAAUCUUCUCAUCAUCAUUCUCACCACCAAGGAUCAUAGGCUACAAACCCCCAUGUACUACUUCCUGAAGAACUUGUCCUUUCUGGAUCUUUGCUUCAUUUCUGUCACUGUCCCCAAAUCCAUUGCUAACUCCAUGACUAAUCACAAUACCAUCUCAUUUGUGGGUUGUGUUUCACAGGUAUUUUUCCUAUUUUUCUUAGCCACUACUGAAAUAAUUCUCCUCACAGUGAUGUCCUAUGACCGCUAUGUUGCCAUAUGCCUCCCACUCCAAUAUGAAAUCAUCAUGAACCAAGGGGCCUGUGUGCAGAUGGCCAUUUCUUCAUGGCUCAGUGGAGGUCUUAAUGCAAUUCUGCACACAGCAGUCACUUUCUCUACACCCAUGUGUGGGCCUCCUGACGUCCACCAGUUCUUCUGUGAUGUCCCCCAACUCCUUUCCCUUGCCUGUUCUUAUAACAUUGGAGAAUUUGUAGCUAUUGGGAUAAGCUUUGUAUUAGAUAUUGUCUAUUUUGUGUUCAUUGAUAUUUCUUACAUUAACAUCUUCUCCACUAUUCUGAAGAUGCCAUCCAGAGAAGGUAGGUCCAAAGCUUUCUCCACAUGCCUGCCUCACCUCAUUGUUGUGACUCUCUUUCUCUCUUCUGGGUUUUUUGACUAUUUACACCCCCUUCCCAAAUCUCCAUUGCCUUCAGACUUGCUAGUUUCAAUGUUGUAUAUUGUGGUGCCACCCACUAUGAAUCCCUUUAUCUAUACUCUAAGAAAUAAGGAUAUACAGACUGCAUCAAGGAAACUGCUAAUGAGCAGACGUUGCUAA